GGGCUCGUUGUGCGCAUGCUCGUGCCGUAGCCGGUCAUGGCGACGGUGUGUUCAUGUCCAUGAGGCGGGAAGCGCAGCCUUCUCUCUCGGUCUCUCGGUUACGGUGGAUCAGCGCAGCGAAAUAAACGAUGGCCGGGGUUUUCGACAUCGAUCUGGACCAGCCGGAGGAGAAUGUCUCCGAUGACGAGCUGGAGGAGGCACAGAUCAAUGACUUUAUGGAUCAGUGCAGUGGCUUUGAGUUCAAUAUGGAUGACUGUGAGAAGAUCGAGAUAUCUGAAGACAGUGUAAACCAAGGCACAGAGAGCAUACGCCCGGAGUGCUUUGAGCUAUUGCGAGUUUUAGGCAAAGGUGGCUAUGGAAAGGUUUUCCAAGUUCGGAAGGUGACCGGUGGAGGGUCCGGAAAAAUAUUUGCAAUGAAAGUCUUAAAAAAGGCCAUGAUUGUCCGCAACGCCAAGGAUACAGCCCAUACCAAGGCUGAACGCAACAUUUUGGAGGAAGUGAAGCAUCCUUUCAUUGUAGAUCUUAUCUAUGCCUUUCAGACUGGCGGCAAGCUUUAUCUCAUCCUUGAAUACCUUAGUGGUGGUGAGCUUUUUAUGCAGUUGGAAAGGGAGGGGAUUUUCAUGGAAGACACAGCUUGCUUUUACUUGGCAGAAAUUUCUAUGGCCCUCGGCCAUCUGCAUCAGAAGGGCAUCAUCUACAGAGACCUUAAACCUGAGAACAUCAUGCUCAAUAACCAAGGUCAUGUGAAGUUGACUGAUUUCGGACUGUGUAAAGAAUCUAUUCAUGACGGGACGGUCACACACACUUUCUGUGGCACUAUAGAGUACAUGGCUCCAGAGAUCUUGAUGAGAAGUGGACACAAUCGGGCUGUGGAUUGGUGGAGUCUUGGAGCCCUUAUGUAUGACAUGUUAACCGGGGCGCCACCGUUUACUGGGGAGAACCGAAAGAAAACCAUUGACAAAAUUCUUAAAUGCAAACUCAACCUCCCACCCUACCUCACACAAGAAGCCAGGGACCUACUCAAAAGGCUGCUGAAAAGAAGUGCCUCAUCUCGGCUUGGAGCGGGACCUGGAGAUGCAACAGAGGUGCAGACUCAUCCCUUCUUCCGGCAUAUUAACUGGGACGACCUGCUUGCGCGUAAAGUAGAGCCACCGUUUAAGCCUUUCUUGCAAUCUGCAGAGGAUGUGAGCCAAUUUGAUUCUAAGUUCACCAGCCAGACUCCUGUCGAUAGUCCCGAUGACUCCACUCUCAGUGAAAGUGCAAAUCAGGUCUUCCUGGGUUUUACGUAUGUAGCUCCAUCUGUGUUGGAAAACGUUAAGGAGAAGUUCUCAUUUGAGCCAAAAAUUCGAUCACCUCGCCGCUUUUUAGGAAGUCCAAGGACACCUGUGAGUCCGGUCAAGUUUGCUGGGGACUGCUGGCCACGAGGCCCUACCAUGCCCGGAGCUUCCUCCCUCCAGUCUCCCACAGAACUUGCCAUGGAGGUGUCCACUGUGGAUCAGAUGGACAUUGCAGCCAGCGCCGAAGUCACCGCUCCACUGCCCAUCCGGCAGCCCGCAGGCUCAAUGAUGGGCCCCUUCAAACAGCAGACGUACCCCGUCUUGUCCAAAAGGCCAGAGCAUCUACGUAUGAACCUAUGACCAUUAGCUUGACCUAGAGAUUUACUUUUGCGUUCUGCAUUUCUUUUAUAUGAAUACUAGGGAACCAUGGAAAUUCCCCACCACCACACAACCUCCUCCUACUACUGUAGACUGCCCUUCACAAUCUGACGAGCAUGUGCGCUUCACUGAGCUUGAGAAACUACUACGGUUCCUCACAUCCCAAAUCCUCAGACCACAUUGUUCUCAGAUACUUCCUGUCAUAACACAUAUCAGACGGAUGAGCAGGAUCGGGCCUUCUUUUUGGAUUAAUGACUUUUUUUUGUUUUUCUUUGUUUAUUAUUAUUUUUUUUUUACUACAUGAUUGUACCAUAAAAGGAAUAUGAAACACAUGAACAAAUCAAAUCCAAUACGACAUUGCACUGUUCACUACAUGUGCAGACUGUGGAUGACGUGGUGCUCCCUGCAAGAUGAUCAAGUGCUAUUGCGGAACGCUGUUCCGUGGGUUGCUUUUGUGUUUUUACAGUAUUGCUUGGAAAGCGGAAUGGCUUUCCGUCUCUGAAUGAAUCAUUGUUAAUUGAACGAAGAGCUAUGAGUAUGCGGGGAUUCCACCACGCAAAGGUUAAAAAAGCUGGCGUAUGUCUUUAUUCUCUUUGAACAUUUAAGUACAUCCCACAGUGCUAUAUAGAUGAUGGGUCAGUACACAAGAGCCUCAAUAAAAAAGAAAGACAUUGACUUUUAAAUCAUUUUUUUUUUAUUUGCAGCAGGAUCUGAACUACCUUUGCAUUUGUGCUGAAUGAAAAUGCAUUUGUGUUCUCACCGCUACAUAUUUUCUGAUGCAGACUGAAUGGGUCUUUAAAUUGAGAGGGUUUUUUUAUUAGUAUAUUAAAGCAGUCCUACUUUUCCUCUCUGUGUGCUGUUUGAGGAUUCUCAUUCCUUUACUAAUCUGAAACGGAAUUUGCAAGCCCCACCGCAAGUAGAACUGAGAAACUGAACACAGGAAGUGUUUGAAAAAAAUCUUUCACGUAUGAUUGUGAUAUCAUGAAUUGAUGUAUGCUAUUUGUAGUAUUGCAUUACUUAAUUACUUGAAUGAAACCUCUGGUGAUAGAAACUUGACAACUCUUCACAUUUAGUUCCUUUUUCCAGUGAAAAAUUCAACUGCAGACAGAGUACCAGGAACCUGAUUUUACCCUUGUCUGAAUCAGUGAGUUAGUACUCACUUGGGAGUGUUUUCUAUUUGGUUUCAUUUUGCACAGGGAAAAAUCUGAAAUGUCUAAAAUGUGUUGAAACAAACCAUGUGACCACUGGCUCCACUAAGUGGUCAGCCAUGCCUGAGGAAGAGCAAGAAACUAAUACAGAAAGAAGGUUCUUGACUAGUUUUCAUUUCUAUGUAGCAGACAUAGCAUUUUUUCAUAGCUCUGGCAAAAAUCUGGGUGAUACAUUGCAUUAAACUACACCUAUAAAGCUCAAAAUGUACUCAAAAUGGGAUUGAAGCCAGAUUGCAUUUUUAGCAACAACAUAAAAACGCUUCAAAAUGUGUUGGGUUCCCCAGGCUUGACCACCUCUUCUAAAGGGUCUGAGUAAGGUUGUUUCACUCUGCAUCUGAGUGUGAUUACUGUAGUCGCUUCUGCCCAAAUGAAUGAGUUUUAUUUAAAUAAAUUGUCUUAAUAAAGUGUUUAAAUUAUUAGUAAAUAACAGUAUUAAAGAAAAUACUGAACUUAACUAAAGUUCUCCAACAUGCUGCUAACCUUAUCUAGAAUCUCACUAAUUUCCUUUUUGCUGCUUUCUUUCAAUGGCACUGUUAUCAAAGGUGCCUUUAAUGCCUUGCGUUAUAUUAAACUAACUUUUUAAAGGCAAUGUGAUUUUGUGCUUAUAUGUAAUUGCUCCAUGUCAGUGAAUAAUUAAUUAAUUCUGAUUAAAUGGAGAGUUAAACUGCAUGUUUUUGUCCAUACUGAGCUAUGCAACUUCCAAAUCAAACUGCACACAGACUGGAAUAGAGACAAUUUAAAAAAAUCAACCUACAAUUGACCCAAAUUGAAGUGGGUUUUGGGAGUAUUAUGACUGUCCGUUGGCCUUCCUUGUGUUUCACAGGGAUGUCUUUUAUAAAAACAUUGAUGAUUAAA